AGUGGCAUACAAUCAAAACUCAACACUAUGCAAUCCUAUGCAUUCCAGGAUUCUAUUCGUCCUUCUCUACUUCACUCUUAGCAUCAGGCACUCAAUGAGGUAACAAGUCAAUUCAUUACACACCUCACAAGACGAAGUUCUGAGAUUGGAUCCUAUAGUUUUUCUUUACAUAAUGUGGUAAUGUACGCUUGCCGUCUUUAAUAUUCUUUCUUUUUCUAUGUUAAUUUUAUACUUAUUUUGUAACAGUACGUUUUAGAAAUUUGUAACAAAUUUUCUAUUUGUAGUCAUUUGGCCUUAAACUAGAAUUGUUUUUGUUAAUGUGGCUCCCGAAAGGCUAACUAUUCGCAUUGACUAAGCCAAGGUGGGGACAGACAAUGAACCCUUUUCUCUAAUUGCUGCAAGUUCAAUUUUUGCCCACCACAGUUUGAAGAAAUGCUCAAGACAAUAUGAGGCGGAUUCACACACACAUUCAAAGAUGCCAAAUGCAACACAGCCCUGCCUUAACCUUCCUUCCUCUACUGCACGUUUGUAAACAUUACUAUCCUUCCUCUGACCUCUCCUCUUCAAUUUCCACAAAGAACAGAUAUAUAUAUAUAUAUAUAGCACGAGACUUCAUGGAACUUAAGGAAGAUAUCAGGACCCUUCUUAUUGAUAUUAGGAAGUCCUGACUCCACCUUUUUCUAAUUCGUUAUGCAAAAGAAACCUUUUAGUACUUUUCCAAGAAAUUUACAAGAAAAUGUCAGGCAUUGACCUCUACUUACACAGUCUUCAUGUCUGUCAUCUUAAAUCAUUUGGUCGGGUUUGUAGCUAGCCCCAACGAUUAGAAAAACUUACUCGUAAGUAAAUCUACGGAGUUUGAGAGAUAAGUGCGUAAAACUAUUUCUUGUUGGAUAGCAAAAUCCCCAAGCAACCUAUGGAGAGGGUAUUUCCAGUUGAAAUUACUGCUCUCCUUACUAUCUAUUUGUCUUGAUCGACGUUUGGAAUUGAAACAAACUCAAGUUUGUAAAAAUCGGUAAUGGUUAUAGUAGGGGAGUUUGUAGGGGGUGCUGUUCUUGGAGCAGCCUUUGGGGUGUUGUUUGAUGUUGUCAAGAAAGCAGUUGACAAGCCUACUGCCUUUAAAUCCCUCCUUCAGAAUAUCAAGUUUUCUCUGGAGUUUCUAAAGCCGGUGAUUGAAAAGAUAGGAGAGCAUAACGUGGAAUUGGGUCUCCCAGAUGAAGAAAUAAAGCAUCUUAUAACAGAAAUGAAGGAGGGCGUAAAGCUUGUCCAGAAGUCAUCAAAAGUCAGUAACUGGAACUGCAUGAGGUCUUAUUACACGGAUCAACUUAUUGAAUUGGAUGGUUCUCUUAAAAGACUGUUCCAUAUAUUGAUGGUACAAGGAGUAAGGGAUGCGAAGGAGACCUUGAUUUUGGCCAGAAAACACCAAGACCAACUGAUUGAAACGGCAAAAGAUGCAAAGGAGACACUUGUUUUAGCACAAAAGAACACUAGCCAGCUUACUGAAUCGGUAAAUGAUGGGAAGGAGACCUUAGAAUUGGCAAGAAAAAACGCUGACCAAUCAGCAAAAGAUGGGAAGGAGACCUUGGUUUUGGCUAGGAAAACUAGAAGGUUGCUUAAGCGAAUUGAACGACUGGUGACUUGCACUUCCAAAGUGAAAUUUAAACCCGCGACCUCCACAGUGUCAGUUACACCAGUUAACAAACAGGUCACGGCUCACAAUGGGAACAAAAUUCCCAAAGCUAGCAGAAGAGCAGGGAGAAAUCGAGUUUUGGAGGCAUCCAACUUAAUAGUCUACCGUUUUGCCGAGUUGGUCAAUGCUACUGAGAAUUUCAAGUCUAGUGGGGGAGACUUUGUGGGGACUUUCAAGGGUUGGGUGGAUGAGAAUACGCUUGCACCUUCUAAGGUUGGCACUGGAAUGGCCGUUGCUGUCAAGAGAUUGAACCCAGAAAGUGUCGAAGACUUUAAACAGUGGCAGCUCUCAGUGAACUUCCUCGGAAGGCUUUCUCAUCCCAACCUUGUCAAGCUAUUGGGAUACUGUCGUGAGAAUAAGGAGUUGCUCUUAGUUUAUGAGUUCAUGCCGAAUGGAAGCUUAUUUAAUCAUCUGUCUAGAAGGAACCCUGAUGAGGAACCCCUAUGUUGGGAUAACAGACUCAGAAUCGCUAUUGGAGCUGCUCAGGUCUUGACUUUAUUGCACAUUUUACAAAUCAUACACAGAGAUGUCACACCCUCAAAUAUAUUGCUUGAUGAGGAUUACAAUACAAAAAUCAUGGAUUUUUCCUUGUCAGAAUGGGGGCCAGCUGAUGGAAAGUUACACGUGUCAACAAAGAUUUGUGGCACAAUGGGUUAUAUUGAUCCAGACUACUUGAGAACAGGUCAUUUGUCUGUGAAGAGUGAUGUGUAUAGCUUCGGUGUUGUGCUGCUUGAGAUCCUUACAGGGUUAAAGACAAUCGAUUUUAGCCGCCCUAAGGAACAAAUCAAACUGGUUGACUGGGCAACACCACUUCUCUGUGAUGAAACAAAGUUGCAAACCAUAAUGGAUGAGCAGAUAAAGGGCCAAUACCCUUCCCAGGAAGCAUUACAGACUGCGCAGCUUACUCUAAGAUGUUUAGAAACAGAUCCUGAGAGACGACCUUCCAUGAAAGAAGUUGUGGAGGAAUUAGAACACAUUCGGGGAUUGAAGGAAAAACCAAGCCAGUCAAAGCUUACCACCAUGCAAUCUUCUUCUAGUUCUCAAUGAUGAUUCUUUUUUUAUGUUUUGAAAUUCUUCGCGAUAUGCUAUAUACGCUGUUUCUCACUUCACCAUGUCCAGGCAAUGAGCUUAUACACCUCACACGAGGAUCCAAGUGAUCUUUUGUAUUAGACACUGAGUUUAGAUUGUUUAAACAAUUAUUAUUCAUUUUGUUCUUUUUUGAUUCCGUGGUGAUGUUAUA